AUGCAAGAUAGAAUCGAAUCGAAUCGAAUAGAAUAGAAUCAUCCGUUCGAAUUCUUCGGUGGCGUCCAUCAACAAGAUCCCAACACAAAGAGCAAACCACCGACCAUGGUGAAGCCAAUAAGCGAUGACAACAACAACACCUCCAAUAACGCUCCCAUCAUUGGUAGCAAUACUAUAGUUGACUUUGACGAUGGACAUAUUCCAGAGAAUUUUGCGGCGACAGCGCAAGGGACCAAAUUGGUUCGUUACUCGUCCUUUGUGGAUGAUCGAAUUCCCCGCGUCCAUGUCAUUGAUGAGGCAGUACCGAGUGCACUGGCCGAUGCCAUUUACAAUGUGACUGUGAUGGAGCCACAGAACAAGCCAUGGGGGACCUAUGUGACGCGAGAACAGCUUGAUGACUAUCGAACCCAAUAUAUCACUACUAGUACUACUACAUGUACUACUACAGAUGGCAAUGAGAACACUGCUGCUGCACCACCCAUUGUUGACCCUCAGAAUCGCCAGAGUCUUGCCGUGGCAGCAGCAGCUCAUUUCUUUCAUCAUGCAUUGCAACAACAACAGAGCAGCUCGUCCGGCGUUCAGACCUUUACGUCGCCCAAAGAAACAACAACAACAACCCCCAUUUGGACCCAUGCGGACCACACGUCGGUGCUGCAUGGAGUGGCCAUUUGGGCACUGGCAUCCACCGAGGGAGCACAUGUUCCGUAUCAUUUGGAUUAUGCCGAGCAAAUUCGCUAUGAACAAAAUAUCAUUGUUCCACCCUUUUUGGCGGGCACGUUGCAAUGCACCAAGAACGCAUCCAUGAAGGGAGGCGAUUUGGGAGUUUGUUUUGGAGGGUUGGAGCACUACGCGCAGCAUGGUUACAAAGGUGCCAAACAGCAGCAAGAAGACAAUCCACUAGCAGCAAAUAAUGACGACAAUUGGAUCACGGUGCCAUAUCGAUACCAGAGAAUGAUUAUCAAGUCGGGACACUUGCCUCAUCACAGCACCCGUGUCGAACAAUUGGAGCCUGCCACCCAGAAACGCGUCAUUGUGGGAUUCAAUGCCUUUGGGCAUGAUUAUGGACCACUGGUGCAACAAGCACCCGAACACUCACACGUGUUUCGUCGCAAGGUGGCUCUGCAACGAGCCUUGCUGCUCUCCACCAGCAACAACAAUAACAACAGUGGCAAGAUUUCGAUGCAAGCUCUCCAAGCCAACAAGGGAUUGUCCAAAUUACUCGUCUUGGCCAAGAGAGCAAAGAUCAAGCACGAAUUGGCACAAGCACAAGAGCAAUUGGACGAUGAGUUGGAUGACUACUUGGUGAAACACGGUACUACUUCAGUAGAGACAAUCAUGCAACAAUUUGGAAAAAAGGGUGGUUGGCCUUCUCCUGUGGAUGUCCAGGUACACAUCAAUCAGCGACUGACACUGAUGACAAGAGACGAUGAUGGAAACCAAGAAAACAGAGGGCAGCAAAAGCGUCGUCCGUUGUGUUUGCGAAAGGAGAGCUGUGUUGGUCGAGAUAAUGGUGACCAGAAAACUAGUCCAAAGAGCCGCAUGGUAUCGCCGAUGGACAUUGUAUUCCUUGCCCCGGAAAGGUAGCGGUUAGUUGCUCGUGUUUCCGUCUACAUGUUGUGCGAAUCAAUUAGAAAAUACCCCGGGUAAAGUAAUUUCAAUGUAAUAUACUGUUGUAAUAAU